UAUUUCAAUGAUUUCAUAGUUCUUCACGCAACUAUCCAAACGCAAAAGACUGCUUUCGACACCUAACUGAAAAGAGAAAAAAGGAAGAAAGAGAGAAGAAGGAAUAUCGCUUGCCAAGCGAAGUCGUUCAUUUUCACGGAAUCCCAAUUCCCACGGCUUGAAUCUUCGAAUUUCGUUUUUCGUCUCCAACUAUGGAUCCUGAACUGAAAGGAGAUGAUUAGAGGAGUUUCUCCAAGCCCUAAAUCAAGUGAAAGCAGCAGCUAAAUGAAGCGAAAAGUUCCCCAGCAGAAAUCCCAUAAUUAUAAAUGGAGGAGGAAGCUUUUCGCGGCGAUAUUGCUAGGGUUUUGUUUCGUAACUUUGAUGCUGUUGAUGCAGAGUCAGUACAGUCGGAUCAUGAUGCAGAUGCCGGUGCCGAAGAUCGCAUUCAUGUUCAUCGCCCGGAAUCGUCUUCCUUUGGACUUGGUUUGGGAUGCAUUCUUUCAGGGAGGGGAGAACAAGUUUUCGAUUUAUGUUCACUCCAGGCCCGGGUUUCUGUUCAACAAGGCAACAACAAGAUCUGCCUAUUUUUUUAAUCGUCAAGUUAAUGACAGUAUACAGGUAGAUUGGGGUGAGUCCAGCAUGAUUGUGGCAGAGCGUAUAUUACUUAAGCAUGCACUUGAGGAUCCUUUCAAUGAUCGCUUUCUGUUUCUCUCAGACAGCUGCAUACCUCUAUACAACUUCAGCUACACAUAUGACUAUAUCAUGUCCACACCAACUAGUUUUGUAGACAGUUUUGCUGAUACAAAAGAGGGCCGCUACAAUCCAAAAAUGGAUCCCGUUAUUCCAGUUCUUAACUGGAGGAAAGGAUCUCAGUGGGUUGUUCUGACUAGAAAGCAUGCAGAGGUUGUUGUGGAGGACAAUACUGUGUUUCCCAUGUUUCAACAGCAUUGCAAGAGAAGGUCACUACCUGAGUUUUGGCGGGAUCAGCCUCUUCCUGCUGAUGCAUCCAAGGAGCAUAAUUGUAUACCAGAUGAACAUUAUGUUCAGACAUUACUGGCUCAAGAAGGCCUUGAAGGAGAAGUCACACGAAGAUCACUGACAUACAGUUCAUGGGAUCUCUCAUCCUCCAAAGACCAUGAACGUCGUGGAUGGCAUCCGGUGACUUACAAGUUUUCAGAUGCUACUCCCAUGCUUAUCCAAUCUAUAAAGGACACAGAUAAUAUCUAUUAUGAGACUGAAUACCGAAGAGAGUGGUGCAGUAGCAAGGGGAAACCAUCCCCAUGCUUUCUUUUUGCAAGAAAAUUCACUCGGCCUGCUGCUCUCCGGCUUCUUAAUUUGUCUCUGCUGGGAGCUUUCAAUGAAGCAACAAGGAAAUCUAAUCUAUGGUGAAGUAGAUAUCCGUUGUAAGUUUAAAGUAGCUAAAAUUAGUAGUCUUAACCCAUAAUGAAUAGAGUUCUGUAAUCUGCAUUGAAAAAUAGAGGGAUUUGUAAAUUGUAGAGGCAAAUGAUAAAUAAAAUAAAAAAAGUAAAAAAG